UAAGCUUCCUCUUAAACUCAUUAACCCGAGUCAGUUUAUUAAGUAGGAGCCAGGUUUGGAGUAUCUUAACGUUUGAUACGUGCACGGAAGGGAUUACAAUGAAGAAACUCGCACUACUUAUUACCAUGAUGUAUGCUAUCAUAAUUGGCGGGGAGGCAUUUUUCAAACCUCGUCAUCACAAGAACCUGCCCACAUACGUUCCAAAGACUCUGGACGAAGUGAAGAACUACCUUUGUGAAAGAUUUGAGAAAGGUAUAUGUAUUGAUACGAAGCCAGCAAAGAUAAUCAUAAACAAAGUGUUUGACUUUACCGGAUCGGAGGGUAUGAAGGAAGAACUGGGUUGCUACCAUAGAACGAUGCCGGCACAGUGUCUCAAGAACGGUCAAAUGAAACUCAAUGUAAACAACCAGUGUGAUGGACUGGUACCCACAAGGGUGAGGUACAGUCAAGCGGGUCGUUGCGGCAUUGACGUAGGUUCUAAUAAAAUAAUAGUAGGAGAAAACGGUGGAGGUCUGAUUGGCAAAGGGCUGAAAUUGAGAAAUUCCCACGAUGUGGAAAUUCGUAAUUUAAAUAUCACUGAUAUAAAUCCUCAGGUCAUCUGGGGAGGAGACGCAAUUGAUCUGAUAAAUGUGGAGAAUGUUUUGUUGGAUGGGAACCGCAUUAAAAACAUUGGGCGACAGAUGGUGGUGACUCAUUUUGGAAAUAAUACGGGUGUCUUAAUGACUAACAAUAUAUUUGACGGAAACACACCCAAUUCUGCGUGCUGCGAUGGUUCACACUACUGGCUGUGGCUGUUCUUGGGCGAAUACGACAGGAUUGCUCUGAGGAACAACGUCAUCUUUAACACCUCAGGCAGAGGCCCUCACCUCGUGGCUUGCAAGGACUCUAAAAUUCUCCUCCACAUGCUGCAGAACACUUUCUAUGACGUCAAGAACACAGGACUGAUUGACCUAGACGACACACGCUCCAGCGUCCUGGUAGAGGGCAAUGUAUUUGUCAACGUCAAGGAGAUCGUCCAUGCCAACAAGGGGAACAUCUACAUGCCGCAGAACAGAGCUGACCAGCUCCAGUGUGAGAGUUACCUGGGGAGGCGAUGCCUGCUCAAUACCGUUGUUAACAGUGGAGGAGCCAAGCCUGUCAACUCCCUCACUGUACUGCAGGACUUCAAGCCCUACAAGGACGAUCUGGCUAAGCCAAUCGUCAUGAAGGCACAUAUGACGAAGUUAAUAAAUUUACCAUCUCAUGUCAAGCAGAAUAUUAAAUGAACAUAUUCAAGGUAGUUAAUAAGUUAUAUUUAGAUUUUAUACAACAGUACAAAACUUACCUUAAUGUAGUAUAAAGACAAAAACUACCUCGUGAUAAUGUCCAGCCAAAUGUUACAUCCAAAUAUUUUGUGAGGUCAUAUUAAUAUUCUCAUCAUAUGGUUACUUUACUUUAACUUCAUAUCGUUCUGCCUAUGACGGUUUUAUAAAGGUUUAUAUUUUUUAAAUAUACCUUUAUCUGCAAAGAUGUAUUAUUCGACUAGAAGGUUAACGUGACUUGCUUCAUACACAUUUCUCGACCCCAAGUAACAAACAGAGUAAUCAAAUCAACCUGCCUAAUCAAACUCAAAGAAAAAUUAUAUAACAUUUCCUCAAAGUUUAGUAUUUAUUGAAUUACCAAAAUACCAAGAAUCUAAUUAUAAUGUGGCUAUUAAUUAUUAGGCCAAAACACCAAGUUAUGGCAUUAAAUAUAUAACAUAAUCUAUAUAGUAUAAACUGAUACAAAGAACAACCAUACAUAUGAUUUCCACAAGUUUCAUUAUUUGGCAGAGAAUCUUUUUCCGCAGUGAUAUUUCAAACUUGGAAGCUGUUUACAUAGUAUAUGAUUGGAAUUAGUAACUAAGAAUAAAGCAAACAACAAUGUUUGUUGUCUAUAUUAAACAGAAUAAAUAAUACAA